GACGGUACGGUACAUCCCGAAGGCAGAUCCAUCGAUUCAACGUUGAAGAAAACUGACGAAAAUGGCGAACCAGGAAGAACACAGAGUGGAGAGCCUUGAUCUUCUACCUUCUGCAGUGCUCGCUACCAUCAUGACCAAGCUUGAUUUGCCUUCCAUCUCCUCACUUGCCUGCACAUGCUCCACCUUCCAUUCCUGUUCUUCCCAAAUCCUCACUUUUCUUCCCAAUUUCCAUCUCCUGGAAAUUUCUCCAACGGUGGAAUUUCUGAGGCCUCGGCUGCCUCCCAACCCUUUCCUGAGAAGCCUAAAGGUGGAUUGCGGUCAGCUUAACGAUUCGGCCAUCCAGCUUCUGCUGAAGCCUUCCUUGCAUGAGCUCUAUCUGCAUAAUUGCGCAGAUUUCAGUGGGAAAUUGCUUUCUCAGAUCGGGGGCUGCUGCAAGGAUCUAAGGUCCCUCUAUUUGAGUUCAGUUGCUGAAAAAAGGGGUCGGGCAAUUCAUAUUGCGGAUCUAGAAGAGUUACUAAGUGGUUGCACACGGUUGGAAGCGUUAACGCUGAUGUUUGAUGUCUCAUUUUUCCUUCGUCAUAAUUUUGCUCGAGUCUGGGCUAUGGCUUCAAAUACACUAACGUCUCUUGAGAUCGGCUGUAUAUAUUCUGUGACGGUCACCGAACUACUUAGCCAAAAUUUGGGAAUCAGUAAUUCUAUGAAUCGUGUCAGCCCAUCCAUAUGGCCUAACAUUGAAAAAUUGUGCCUUUCAGUAGAUUGCAUAACUGAUGCUAUGGUUGGAGCAAUAUCAAAAGGUGUUGUCUCCUUGGUUCACUUGGAACUACAAGAUGCCCCCAUCAUUGAACCAAGAUUUUCAUUUGACUUCACCAACGUUGGCCUUCAACAAAUCAAUCAGCUAUCAAAAUUGAAGCAUCUCUCUUUGGUGCGAAGUCAGGAAUUUCUUGUAACUUAUUUUAGAAGAGUUAACGAUCUUGGAAUCCUCUUAAUGGCUGAUGGAUGUGCCGACCUGGAAAGCAUCUGUCUUGGAGGCUUUUGUCGCGUUACGGACACGGGAUUUAGGACGAUUCUGCACUCGUUCUCUAAUUUAAACAAGCUUAGGGUGUUCCAUGGAACCCAAUUGACCGAUCUUGUUUUUCAUGAUAUCUCUGCUACUUCUCUUUCCUUGAAACAUGUUAGCUUAAGGUGGUGCAGUCUCCUAACAAACUAUGCAGUAAAGAAUUUGUCAUUAAACAAGGAUCUAAAGUUUCUCGACUUGAGAGACUGCAGAAACCUCCGGGACGAAUCCCUUCAAGCCAUUGGUACCAUUCCGAAACUGAAGACAUUGCUUUUGGACGGAUCUGAUAUUAGUGAUGCAGGAUUGUCUCACUUAAGACCCAUGGUUAUGAGUUCACUAGUUUCCUUGUCUGUUAGAGGUUGCAAGAAGCUCACAGAUAAAUCCAUCACAGUUCUAUUUGAUGGCUUAUCUAAAAUAGAACUGCAAGAAUUAGAUUUAUCCAACCUUCCCAACCUGUCUGAUGCUGCAGUUUUACAACUAGCCAGAAGCAGGUUUCCAAUAUCCGAACUUCGAAUGCGUCAAUGCCCGCUCAUUGGUGAUACCUCGGUCAUGGCACUAGCUUCAAUGCGGGUCAGUAAAGACAACCGGUGUGGGAGUAGCUUACGGCUGUUGGAUUUGUACAACUGCGGUGGCCUUACGCAGCUCUCAUUCAAGUGGUUAAAGAACCCGUACUUUCCGAGGUUGAGAUGGUUGGGUGUGAUGGGAAGUCUAAAUCGAGACUUGGUAGAGGCUUUAUCCAAAAGUAGACCUUUCUUGCACGUAGCAUGCCGUGGCGAGGAGUUGGGAGCCGACCAGUGGGAUAGCUCAGACGUUCUCUAUAUGCACCACUAUGACGAGGUGGAUGAAUUUGAACAGUGGCUCUUUGACGGUGAGGGAGAGAACGAGAAUGAGAACGAGGACGAGGAACACAAUGACAUGGAAGAUGCUGAAAAUGAUGCACAAAGCUAAUCCUAUGAUUCCAUGGAAGGAUUUGGAUUUGUAUGUAUCAUGUCUAUUUAUACUCUUAUUGUAGGUUUUGUAUGUAAUGUAAUUUCCAUCUCAUCAACAUGAACCAGUUUGUCUAAUGGUUACAGACAAUUUAUUGGAUUGCUUAUUCAUGUUAGGUUUUGUUUUAA